AAAAAAAAAUUUCCUUCUGCCUUCACCAAGCGAAGAGCGCUUUAAAGUCGAAAAAGCCGCCGAGCCGCAGCCUGUUGGGCGGGAUGGUCGCCACGACCUCGCGACCGCGCUCUCGGCACCGCCUUCGCGCGGCACAGCACACCCCACCCUCGGGCGGGCGGUGACCCGAUCCAACCUAGCUCCGUUAUAACCUUACAAAUAACCGCCCGUCGCCACCAGCAUCCCUAAUCUUUCAUUUUGUACUUCUCAUCAUGGCCUUUUCCUCCCAACAGACCUCCGCCGCCGCUGCCGGCGAAUACUCGCCGGCCUCGCUUCCCUCCCGCCCCGGCUUCCCUCCCCCUUGCUGGUCCCACGACGAAACCCUAUCCCUAAUCGAAUCCUAUCGCGACAAGUGGCACUCCCUCCGCUGCGGCAACCUCCGCGCCGCUGACUGGGGAGAGGUCGCCGCUGAUGUGUCCCGCCGCUGCUCCCACCUUCCCUUCGCCACCCCCAAGACCUCCGUUCAGUGCCGCCAUAAGGUAGAAAAACUCCGCAAACGAUUCCGAUCCGAGCGGCUCCGAUCCGGCAACCUUCGUCGCUCUUCUCCCUGGCCUUUCUUCCACAUUAUGGAAUCCCUCUACCACCGUCCCCAUUCCGAUUCCGACUCCGGCACAGCCGGAAAUACCCGCAGCAGCGACCACCGCCGCAUGCCCAAUGGCGGCCAAGGGCUCCAAUUCACGAUCCCCAAGGCUCUCCGGUCCAAGAUCGUUAACCCUUGUUCCGGCGGCGGGCGGGUGUCGAAGUCUUCUAUGCAGGAGAUAAGGCGGAGGGUGGAGAUGACAAGGAUUGAGGAGAGGGAGAGGAAGAAGGAGAGGGAGGGAGACGCUGUGGGGGAUAUGAUUGCGGCUCUGAGGAAGCUCGGGGAUGGGUAUAUGAGAAUGGAGCGGAUGAAGAUGGACAUGGCCAGGGAGACGGAGAGAUUUAGAAUGGAGAUGGAACUGAAGCGGACGGAAGCGAUGCUCGAUUUGCACAGUCAGAUUGUUGAUGCGUUUGCAAAGAGAUUCGCUGGCAGUGUGAACAAGAAGGCCAAACUUUCUCCGAGUGCUUGAAAUGGAGGUGCGUUCUUGCGGGUUUAGGUUUCUUAGAUGACAGGAAAUUAGAAGAGAUGGAUGAUCAUUAAUCACUAUAAGUUAGCUUGUUCUUUUUGCUUUUUUGGAUAGAACUUUUGCCAUAGAUUGGAUUAUUCAUUAUUGCUUCAGGCUGCUGGACCAAUAGAGAAUUUAUUCUGGGUUUUUCCCACUUUUUCAGCUUGCUAAAAUCAUGGUGCCUAGUAAUCCUAAGUGAUAGUUGCUCUGUUUCAUUGAUA